UAAGAAAGGAACCUGAGUCUGCAACCUCCUCCUUCUCCUUCUUCUUCUCUGUGUCCUCAGCUUCCAUAAAUAACUAUAGUUUCCCUUUUAACUUCAAAUCACCCUCCCCAAUAAACCCCUCUCAUCUUUCUUUCUUCUUUUUUCUUUCUUUCACUGCCAUCUUUCAACUUUGACUCUGACUAGUGACAACUACUACUACGCCCUGAUGCAAACGCAUAUGUAAUAUAAUACUUCGUCACUUAUAGAUCCUUUUGAAAUUCGAAUCAAACUCUUAUAUUCUUUCCCAUUCUCGUGUUUAUUUCUGAUCCACAUCAUCAGAAGAUCUCUCUACUACUGCUACCAUGAAAGCUACUACUCCUCCUCCUUACACAGCAAUGGCAAUGCAAAUGCAAAGCUUUUCUUCAUCCGCAUUAUUGGCGGAGCCAGACCUCUCCUUAAACAUUAGCCCUCCUUUCCUUUCUGCCAAAGGAACAUUCAAAGAUAUGUGCUCCUCAAUCUCUGAUUCAGGUAGUAGUGGAAGCGAUGCAAGCCAUGAUAAUAAUAAUAAUAAUAAUAAUUGCUUCUUUCACCACACCCACACUGUUCCACAACCGACAUUGACAUUAGGGUCUGGACCUGCAUCAAACUUGAAUCAUCAUCAUCAUUAUCAUCAUCUCCAUCAGUAUCAAAUGCAAGGGCUCUCAAGAAACUACUUCAAUCAUCAUCCUCACCAACCUCAAAUCCAUUGCCGCUCCGAUUUCAAACGAAAUGGUGGCGGGAGAAGAAGCAUGAGAGCUCCCAGAAUGAGAUGGACUACCACACUCCAUGCUCAUUUUGUUCAUGCUGUUCAGCUUCUUGGCGGUCAUGAAAGGGCAACUCCGAAGUCAGUGUUAGAGUUAAUGAAUGUUAAGGAUCUAACUCUAGCUCACGUCAAGAGUCACUUGCAGAUGUAUAGAACAGUGAAGAGCACUGACAAAGUCCCAGGUAAUGGUCACAAGGUAGAUAUGGGGUUCGAGCAGCAAAGGCAAGAGGUCGUUGUGGAUCAUCUACAUGCUCAGAGAGGCCUUCUCCAACACCCACUGGUGCAACUGCAACAAUCCCAAAGGUCAUCAUGUCAAUCACGACUACUAGAGACAAAUACAAAUAUUACUCGACAAAAACCCGAUAUCAGCUUCGUGUAUUCUCGUCUCCAAGAUGGCAAUGAAAUCAUGAAUAAUCACGGAGGGUUGUCGAAUUACUUGAAGAUGAAGGAGAGGUCGGACUGUAACAAUUUGUCGUCAGAUUCAGAAGGCGUUAUUGAUCUGGAAUUCACUCUUGGAAGGCCAACACACCAUCAGGAUGAAUCAUCAAGAGAGUUAACUCUUCUCAAGUGUUAAUUAAAUAAAAAUGUUCAAUAAUUUAAUUAGUACUAACCAUUAGAACUUUCCAUUUUUGAACUAUGUAAUGUACUUCUCACUACUAGUCUUGCAUGAUAUAUACAUUUGGUAGGAAAGAUUUUCUGUCGUGAUGGAAUGGGAUAAAUGUAUGCAUGUGUUUUGGAAGGAAGGAGACAUUAGCUUCAGUCCAAAGAAUUGAUGACAAGCGUCUUUGUUUGAUGUCAUAUUCAGUGCAAGCUAGCUACCUAGCUAAGAGGGUUAAAGAGACUGAUGAAGAGUAAAAGAACUAAAAUGGGUGGUGUUGUUUCAGGGCAUGGACCAUAACAUGUGCAUAUUGGUCAGGUGGGUCUACAUUCAUAUGAGAGACUAUCAUGACAUGACAUUGUUCUCAGAUCCUAUUUGCAUUUUGCAUCUGUCUACCUAUAUAUUGUCGGCUAUGA